AUGGCUAUGACUCGCAUAGCGGGUAUCCUACUACUAGCACUGUCUCUUGUUUUUGUAUCACACAUUGCUGAGACAACUGAAGUGGUUCCUGCUGCUUUCUCUGUUUGUGAGCGUAUAUUUGAGUACUUCCCCUAUUGCUUGGAAUUCCUUGUGGGGGAUCCAAAUUAUGAUAGGCCCUCAAAAAGAUGCUGCCAACAUAUAACCAAGCUUAACAUAUUAGCACAUCACAGGAGAGGACCCAGGACCAUUUGUUGGUGCAUUCAGAUCAUGGUUAAGGGAAUGACACCAACAUUGGACCCUACCCGAAUACAAGAUCUUCCUCUCAUGUGCAACACCACCCUCAGCUUUCCCAUUUCUGAUAGCAUAAAUUGCUUCAAGGUUGGUUAGGAUAUAUUACAAUGAUGCGCGCAAAUAGGUAGCUAUUAAACAUUGGUCUAUAUGGUCAUUGCAGAUUUUGUUAGGGGCCUUAUAAUAGAGCAAUAG